UCAAAUCAGUUAUGUUACAAUAAUUACAAAUGAUAACUGUUUUAUGACUUUAUACGUAAAUAAUUAUAAAUACUCCUUUAAUUUGUAAUAACAAAAUUGAUGUUUUGUGAAUGGUGUAGCAGUUGUUAAUUUCUGGUGUUUUAUUUGAUUCACCCUUGUAGUUUUCUUCAGUUCCUUGACCUUUAUUUUUUUUGUUUUUUCAAAAUCGAUCUUUUUUCCAAUUUGAAGCACCAUGGCCGUGACUGCGAAUGAAAUUUGUGACAAUAUCAAAUUAGCUAGAGAGAUGUCUGUGUUAGGCAACUAUGAGAGUGCCGAAGUAUACUAUGAGGGUUCUUUACAAAUGAUCUCGAGGUUAAUAACAGCAAUUCCGGACCCCACUCGAAAAAAUAAAUGGCAACAGGUGCAAAAAAUAGUCAGUAGCGAAUAUGACGGAGUGAAGAUAUUAAAAACUAUGCUACAAACGUUGAGGGUGGAAACGAGUGUGGAAGUUCCCCUUGGAAUUCGAAAAAGGGACGAUCCCAUAGCCAACUUCGGAAACAUUAUGUCUCCUACUCAGUUUGCACAAAAUGAUCCUGACGUUUGGCCUCCACCCACUCCAGUAGACCAUAGAUUUAAUGUCCGAAGUAACGGUCCUAAGUCGAGACAGUCAAAUGUUAAAAAACCAGAAGCUAAAAAGGGUUCAACUUCAUCUAGAGUAAGUACGGCAAGGCGGUCUGAAGAUCCUAAAUUGGGCAGAUCUGCCAAGAAAGAGGAAAGGCCUUCGUCUGCCAGAUCUGAACGAGUUACAGAAAGCAGCAAGGCUGAGAAAGAUCCCGAAAACACGGAAAAAAGCGAGAAGGGUGAAUCGGAAGAAGAGAAAAAGUUCGAAUGCCACGGAAUGGAGAGAGAAUUAGCCGAUACUUUAGAAAGAGAUAUUGUACAGAAGAAUCCGAACAUACAUUGGGAUGAUAUUGCUGACCUACACGAGGCCAAGAGGUUGCUGGAGGAGGCUGUUGUGCUGCCAAUGUGGAUGCCGGAAUUCUUUACAGGAAUUAGGAGACCCUGGAAAGGUGUUCUAAUGGUGGGUCCUCCAGGUACGGGCAAAACCAUGCUGGCAAAAGCUGUUGCUACGGAAUGCGGCACGACGUUCUUUAACGUAUCCUCAUCCACGUUAACAUCGAAAUAUCGUGGAGAAUCCGAGAAAAUGGUCCGACUGCUGUUUGAAAUGGCUCGAUUUUAUGCCCCCAGCACGAUAUUCAUUGACGAAAUCGACUCUCUAUGUUCACGCAGAGGCUCCGAGUCCGAACACGAGGCCUCCCGUCGCGUUAAAUCCGAGUUACUCGUCCAGAUGGACGGCAUCACCGCUAACAAUGACGAACCGGGCAAGGUGGUCAUGGUUUUAGCCGCUACCAAUUUUCCUUGGGACAUCGAUGAGGCUCUACGGCGCCGUCUCGAGAAACGUAUAUACAUCCCCCUGCCGACGCGGGAAGGAAGAGAAGCCCUGUUGAAAAUCAACCUACGCGAGGUCAAGCUGGACCCCGAUAUCAAUCUCAUGACGAUCGCCAGGAAGCUGGACGGUUUUUCGGGCGCGGACAUAACAAACGUGUGUCGAGAUGCCUCGAUGAUGUCUAUGAGGAGAAAAAUUUGCGGGUUACGACCGGAUCAGAUCAAGCAGUUGCCGAAGGAGGAGCUGGAUCUUCCCGUUACGAUGCGGGACUUUGAGGAGGCCCUCGUCAAGAAUAAUAAGAGCGUGAGUAAGGAGGAUCUGGACAAGUACGAGAAGUGGAUGAACGAAUUCGGAUCUUCUUGAUAGUAUUACGCCUAAACGGGGGAGCAGCGUCAAGAAAAUUUUGUUACGAGGAAAGCUUGAUGGUUUUGGAACGUUUCAAAACUUGUAAUUUUUCGGAUUUCUUCGUUUUGAUAGGUAAUAGUUUAUUAAUCGUCACAAUUAGGCGAAGAUUUUUAACGAUUUUUAUGAUUAAUCUAGCGUAGUUUAAGUUGCAUAAUAAAUUUUAUUUAGGUGAUGGUGAUUCUAAAUAGCCAUUAAAUAGACACCGAAUGCGGUAUCAGUCCCCAUAUUUUGAUAAUGAAGCACGAAUUUUUAUAACGAAAACUUUUAUAACGAACGAAAGUGAUUGAAAAAAUUAAAAUAAACGUAGCAAACUGUGAGAUUUCGAAAAGGGUUGCACGUAUAUAUGGAAUAUAUUUUUUUCACGAUCAUCUGAUGAACAUAUUUUAUUUUUUAGAAAAUUAAAUUUUCUUAGCAAUAAAUUUGAAUUUAAUACUAAUAUUUCAUUUCUCAAACUUCAUAACAUAAUUUUGGAACCCUAUACUUUUGAUCCCAGAAAUGAAGAGUGGAAAAUUUUACGUUCAGAUUUGACCUUGAGUGACCCCUCCCUUUUGACCUUGGGGCCCUCACAAGGUCAAACUAUUAACAAAAGUACAGGAACGGCAGAAUAACUGGCGGGAGAGCAUUUUAG